AUGGGUCGUCCCCCAAAGCUUUACUCAUUCCCGGACGUCGAGAACGAUCUCGCUCCAAAUCUGCGGAAAUACAUCCUAGCCGAACAGAAAGAAGCCCUUGCCCGGCACGGGAAAUUCCGCGUGGGCGUCUCCGGCGGAUCAUUACCAAAGACACUCUCCCGAGCACUGUUGGCCCCGAAUCCUCCGGCCAGCCUCGACAAAUGGGAGAUUUUCUUCGUUGAUGAGCGGUGCGUGCCGCUGGACCACGAUGACUCCAACUACAAAGCAUUGAAGAACGACUUCCUCGACCAACUCCCCGAGGACGGCCCAAAGCCCAAGGUCUUCCCGAUCGACGAGACCGCCCUCGACGAUCCACAGGAGGUCGCGGACCAAUAUGAGCAAACGCUCGUCUCCACCUUCGCAAACCGCGACUCCGUCAAGCUCCCUCUCUUUGACCUCAUCCUCCUCGGCUGCGGGCCCGACGGCCACACGGCCUCGCUCUUCCCGGACCACGCGCUUCUACGCGCCACCGAUGCCUGGGUCCUCAGCAUCACCGACUCACCCAAGCCACCGCCAGGCCGCAUCACGCUGAGCCUGCCGAUCCUGACCCACGCGUGCGCCAUCGCCUUCGUCGCCACAGGCGGCGGCAAGAAGGGGAUCCUCAAGAAAAUCUUCGAGGCCGAUGACGAGGGCCGGGCCCUGCCGAGCGCUCUCGUCAACGAGGGCGGCGGGGACAAGGUCAGUUGGUUCUGCGAUUCGGCGGCGGUGGAAGGUGUGGGUUUCCCGAAACGCACGAGCGUCAUAUAG